GGCCCUCUGCCCCUCCUCGCCUCCCUUCCCCUCCACUCCUGGGGGGGCCCUCUGCCCCCUGUCGCUGCUCCUCCCCCCCCACUCCUGGGGGUAGGGCGCCUGCCCCUCCCCCUGCACCCUCCUGCCUCCCCAUGGAGUGGUAGGUCUGCAUCUCCCCGCUUCCAUGCCCUCCCCCCACUUCAGGGCCACGUACGGGAGGGGGCUAGGGCACAGGUGUGUGGUGUCUGCAGGAGGUUACAGCCUGUCCCUGCCCACAGGCAUGCCGCUGCCCCUCGCCGGGACCCAGCCCUGCCGCCCGGUGCCCACUAUGGAGUUGGUGAAAGCGCCCGCAGACCUGGCCCAGCUGCAGGCGGAGGUGGGGCGCCUGGCGGCCGAGCUGCAGGAGGCGACGCAGGAGAAGGUCCAGGCCGCCCAGUACGGGCUGGCGGUGCUGGAGGAGAACGGGGAGCUCAAGCAGCGCUGCGGGGAGCUGGAGGGGCAGCUGGAGGGGCUGAGCUCGGAGCUGUCCCAAAUGAAGGAGGCCCUGGCUGAGUGCCACAGCAGCCACCGGCGGGCGGCGGUGGCCGGGGAGACCCGGGAGGAGAGCCUGGUGCGCGAGGCUGCGGCCAGCGAGGCCCAGCUCGCAGCCCGCAUGGGGGAGCAGCAGGGGGAGCUGCGGCAGCUGCAAUGCCGGCUGAGCAACGCGGGCGCUGAGAGCGAGCGGCUGCGCGCCGCCCUGCAGGGCCUGCGCCAGGAGUGCCAGGCCUUGGAGGCAGAGAAGGCCCAGCUGCGGGAGGAGCUGAAGCAGUACAAGAGCCGGGAGCUGCGGCAGCUGCAGGACUGCGCUGAGCUGGAGGAGGAGAACAUCUCCCUGCAGAAGCAGGUGUCCCUGCUCAAGGGCAACCAGGUGGAGUUUGAGGCCCUGAAGCACGAGCUGCGGUGCCGGGAUGAGGAGGCAGUGCUGGCCGGAGCCCAGCUGGAGGAGCUGGGGCGGCUGCGGGAGCUGGCAGAGCGGCAGCUGGAGGAGGUGCUGGAGACGCUGGCGGUGGAGCGGGAGCAGCGGCGGGAGCUGCGGCGGGAGCUGGCGGCCUGCACCGGGGGCCGCCCCGGCUCGCUGGGCAGCCUGCAGGCCGGCCUGGAGGAGCUAAGCCAGGAUGAGGAGCUGGACAGCGGCUUUGCCAAUGGCAGCGCCAGCGUGGGGGACUUCGGGGAGCGGGCGUCCACUCCCCACGCCCGCCCUGCGCCCAGCCUCGUCGCCGACCUCUUCAGUGAGCUCAGCCUGGCCGAGGCGCCCAAGCUGCGGCAGCAGCUGCUCCAGGUGGACCGGGAGAAAGCCUGCCUGGCAGCUGAUGUGCAGGAGGCCCGGGGGCAGCUGGACAGCGCCAGGGUGGCCUUGACAGAUCAGCAGCAGCGCAAUGGCCUCCUCCUGGAGCAGCUCAAGGCCAGGCCAGCAUCCCCGGAGCCCCAGCCCUGGCAGGACCUGGUGGCGCAGCUGGAGGGGCAGCUGCGGGCCUCCCGGAAGCUGGCAGGGGAGCUGCAGGCCCGGCUGGCCCAGGCCCAGGAGGAGCUGCUGGGGCUGAUGGAGGAACUGGCCACCCUCUACCACCAGGUCUGCGCCUGGCGUGGCCUGACGCCGCAGCGGGUGGUGCUGGAUUAUUACCGGGACGGGCGCGGCACCAGGAGGCUGCUGGGCAAGAGGGAGCCGGCGGGCAAGACCCAUCUCCAGCCGGAGCCAGGGGCGGGGCCCUGUGAGGACCAGUCACCCGCUGGGGAGCCCCUCAAUGUCUCCCACCUGGCGGUGGUGCUGCGGGAGCAGCUGGGGCACCUGCAGGGGGCGCUGGUCCUGUGGCAGCAGCGGCCCCCCGGGCAGGGCCUGCCCGCUGCCGAGCUGGAGCAGGACAAGGAGGUGCUGGCUGAAGAGGUGAUGAAGCUUCGCUCCCUGCUCAGCACCAAGCGGGAGCAGAUCGCCACGCUGCGCACUGUGCUCAAGGCCAACAAGCAGACGGCGGAGGUGGCGCUCUCCAACCUGAAGGGGCAGUACGAGGGGGAGAAAGCCCUGGUGUCGGACACCAUGCUCAAGCUGCGCCGCGAGCUGAAGGCCUUGAAGGAGGACGCCACCACCUUCUCCUCCCUACGCGCCAUGUUUGCCAGCCGGUGUGACCAGUACGUCUCCCAGCUGGACGAGAUGCAGCGGCAGCUGGCCGUGGCGGAGGAUGAGAAGAAGACGCUCAGCUCCUUGCUGCGCAUGGCCAUCCAGCAGAAGCUGGCUCUCACCCAGCGCCUGGAGAGCCUGGAGAGCCCGGCCCACGGCACCCGGGCCAGACCGCGCAGCACCAGGAGCACCGCGCACUGAGACCUCAGCGGCCUCGCAGAGAAACAUGCAGGAUCGGUGCCAACCAGAGCCAGCCCCGGGACCGGCACCGCCCUUCACCGCUCGUGCCUUCAAUGCUGCAAACUGCCGACAGACCCCUGACCUCUGCCGCAGCUGCCCCCGCCAGUGGGCGGCUGCCGGGCCUUAACUGCUCAGGGCUAGGUAGGGUGUAGCCAGCCGGCCGGCUGGGGGCAGAGCACUGGCCGGUGUCUCUGCCUUGCUGCGGGAGACCUCCUCCUCCUCUUGCCCUCAUGGGGGUGGCUCAGGGUCCCACACUUACAGGGCAGGGGCCAGGCCUGGUGCUCAGAGACCCCCCCCCCACCCACACGUACAGGGCAGGGGCGUCUCGGGGUGGGGCCGGGCCUGGCGCUCAGAGACCCCCACCCACCCACACGUACAGGGCAGGGGCGUCUCGGGGUGGGGCCGGGCCUGGCGCUCAGAGACCCCCACCCACCCACACGUACAGGGCAGGGGCGUCUCGGGGUGGGGCCGGGCCUGGCGCUCAGAGACCCUCAACCUGCACUUUCGAGGCAGUAUCCCCUUUUCUCACUGCACCAUUUUGCACUUAGAGCUGGCGAUCUCAGGGGAGUGGCGGGGGGGUACCCGGGGGGGGCGCAUGCGCUGUAUGGACUGCUCUGUGUAUCCCCCAGGGUCAGACACGUGACCGGGCCCUGGUUACUUUGCCUCUAAUUAAACAGCUUUUGUCUCCU